UUUAUCGAGUUUAGUCAACGAGGGCAUGGAUGUGCACGAACUCGAAUAGGGUGGAUCAGGCUAGUUGAAUCGGUAUCGACUCAUACGACGGAAGAGUGGAAUCGGAGCAGAAUUCUUCUGCUCAAUGAGCUGUCUCAUGUUUUUUUUCGUGUAUCUUUGCCGAAUUGGAUAAAUCAGUGAAAAGCUUGACAAGUUUUUAAAAGCCGACUAGUCAAUACGAAUGCGAAUGUCAUAUCGAAACUUGUGACUUAUCUUCUGCAAAUAUGUCGGGAACACUAAAGCCCUAUUUGACAGCAGUCAGGCGUACACUAACCGCCGCUAUGUGCCUGGAGAACUUUUCCUCCCAAAUCGUGGAGAAGCACAACAAGCCUGAAGUGGAAGUAAGGGCGAGCAAAGAAUUACUUCUAACGCCUAUUCUGAUAAGUAGGAAUGACAAGGAAAAAGUCUUGAUUGAAUCUAGUGUAAACAGUAUGAGAAUAAGUAUUGCUGUAAAACAAGCAGACGAUCUAGAAAAGAUUCUCUGUCAUAAUUUCACAAGAUUCAUGACAAUGAGGGCCGAACACUUUAUGAUACUAAGAAGGAAACCAGUAGAGGGUUAUGACAUUAGCUUUUUAAUCACUAAUAUUCAUGUUGAGCAAAUGUACAAACACAAGAUAGUAGAUUUUGUUAUUCACUUUAUGGAGGAGAUUGAUAGAGAAAUCAGCGAGAUGAAAUUAUCGGUUAAUGCUAGAGCACGUAUAUGUGCAGAGGAAUUCUUAAAAAGGUUUUAGUCUGUUUGUUGUGGACUAUUAUCAAUAUAUCGAUAAUUGGAAGAAUCUGGGCACAUAGCAGAUAUAUUGUCUAUUGGAGUUAUUAUACAACUUUUAACGGCAACUUUGAGAAAAUUAUGCCACUGAGACGUUUUUAUAAAAUAUCUAACGAUGUGUCCUUAUCCACAUGUCACUUAGAUCAUUCCAUGUUAAAUGAAAGUGGAUAGUGUAAAACGCUGAUGUUAGAAAGUUGUUUCAAAGUUUGUUUUACAAAAAUUCAGGCAAUAUUACAAAUGAGAAUAUUGUUUACACUUUUGUUAUGAAACAUUCUUAGACUAUGCAAUAAGAUUUGUAUUAAUCUGAUCAUUUACACAUGAAGGAAGAAUAUGAUAUGUAUGGGUAAUCAAGUAAUACUAAGUAUAGCUAGUUCCCAGUAACUCUACGAACUCGAGUAUGAAAAUUCAAAUCGUAUCAUUUGACAUGGAAUGAUUCAUUCAUUUUUAUUAAUGUUUGCUAAAAUAAAAGUUCUUAAAAAAAUUGAGAUUAGUAAAAUCGA